AGCAAGUAGCAGCCGACGUCGCGUGUGCUGCUCCUGCGCUUGUUCCGAAAACACAAGAAUCGCGCAGCCAGAGCGAGUGCGAGUCGAACAGUGCACACACGGACGAGUCGUCAUCUUCGUCGUGCGUCCUGGCCAGCGGGCGGGCUGUAGGUUUAUACUUCGCGGCGUCGAUUUCCUUUUGUCUCGCGAGCGUUUACAUGCAGUGCAAGCUCGUAAAACAACUGUCAGCCGCGCGCCCGCGCACAACACCAUCCGAGAUCCGAGUGUGAGGCCGAAUAAACUCUUGUUGCUCCUACUUCCUAUAACUACUACUACUACUACAACUACUGUUGCUGCUGCUGCUGCUGCUGCUGCCUCCGAGCCGAGAGAGUACAAACACGAAAAUUCGGUCGCAAGUUCGCGAGUGCGCGUGCUGUAGCGUGUGAAAAUAAUCGAGUGAAAUGGUGAAGCAGCAGCGCGCGACGUGCGCUAUAUUUAGGAUAUAGAGAGCAGCGAGUUAACGAUGCAGUUGGAGCUAGUGGCCAGCGCGGGCGCAGGGACUCGAGCGGAUGAACCACUGCGAUCGGCCCUACUCGAAGUCGCACUAGUCAACCGCUCCGCUCCUACCACUAAUAAUCGAUUCUGCACUCGCUCGCUACUCGUGCGCUGCCGCUACUGUUGAUGCUGAUAACAAAAGCCCGCUCACGCAUACAUUGCCGAGGCUAUCGCACUCUAGUUAAGAGAUCCCAUGACACGCCUAACACAUGGCCCGCCUGGAAAUACCGAGCAUAGUGGUGCAUAAAGGUGGCAGGUCCGAGAGCAGGCCGGAGAGUCCUUGCACGUUGGUGUGCGAAGGUGGAAUGCCCUCGCUGCCAGCGUCCAGGCAACAGCAGGCUCUCGCCGGCGGCAGCUCGAGCUCCUCCGACUCGGAUAUGAUAGAGGCGGCCAAUGUCAGCAGCCGCGAACUGCACCGUUCCGCCUCCGAAUCCGGCUCCUCCUCGUCCAAGGGGCCCAACGACACCGAGACGAAGAAUUAUCGCAAUCGAGCGAAUACGAAAGUGAAACUGCUGGUCCGAAGCCAUGCGAUGAGAGAGUCGACCUCGCCGCCGCGGGAGCCGCAGAACGGCGGCCCCAGCCAGUCCGCGCCCCAGAGUCCCCAGCCCGCCGAGGGCGAGCCCGUUCGUGCCAGCAGUCCCCAGCCGCAGCAGCAGCCGAGCAAGAAGUUCGCCGGUAGCAAUAGCCUCUCGCCCAACCCCAGCAAUACCCCGAAACAGCAGCAGCAGCAACAGCAGAUCAACAACAACAACGAGCCCAUCUACAACAGCAACCUCAACAACCAGUCGCCCAAGCAGAUGAGAAACUCCGCGACCUCGCCCACCUGUCGCACUUCCUCGCGCAACGGUUCGUCGAGUCCCUCGCAGCCGGCCCAGCAGAAGGGCCCCGUGUCGCCGGCGAACAACAAGUCGGAGGGUCAGCAGCAGCAGCGAUCCAAGAACAACGUCGGCUCCAAGUGCAACAACUGCGCCAAGAACGACAGGCCGGUACUGCUCCAGACGCCGAUUUCGCCCUCCAAGAGCCAGUCCCAGAAGAAUGCGCAGAACAAUCACAAGAACGAGCAGCGCAGGCCCAACACCCUGAACGUCUGCCAGAACCAAUGCUCGGCCCAGUGCGGCAACACGCUGUCCGUCAACAAUCGCUCCAACAACAGGCACAAGCUCAGGCACCAGAACUCCUCGAGUCAGGGCAGCUACGACAGCGCGUCGCCUUCGCUCUCCAGAGACAGCAGCACCGAACUCUACACCGACAGCACCGGCAUCGACCUCGAGCAGUUCAUCGCCGAGACGAUCAACCGCAACCAGAAGGACCGAACGGUGCUGUUGAAAAUCGAGAAGGACCUGAUCGAGUUCGCCAAGGACCGGCAGAAGGUGUCCCACAAGUUCCCCAACAUGUCGUCGUACAACCGCAUGCUGGUCCACCGAGUGGCCGCCUACUUCGGCAUGGAGCACAACGUCGACCAGUCGGGCCUGAGCGUCAUCGUGACGCGCACCAAGAACAUGCGGAUACCCGACACUCGCUUCAAGCAGCACAUCCGCGACGACCUGCUGCUGACCGAGGAGCCGCGGCGAAGCAUCCUCAAGCGGGACUCCAGCUCCUUCGAGGACAGCUUCAACUUCAAGUCGCCCGACCGGAUGUCCGGCGACUACUGCCGGCGGAGCAAGAGCUUCGAGGAGCGCGAGGAGGAGUACGAGAGGGCCCGACGGAGGAUAUUCAAGGACAGCAGCGGCGAGAGCAGCGAGGUCACCUCCUGGCCCUACUGGUCCUCCUCCGAGAGCUCUGACGCCUCGGCGAGGUAUCGAUUGCUUCACCCCUCGGACCACUCCGUCAGGCAAGCGAGGCAGCUCCUGAAGGGCGAGUCUCUCGACGGCAGGGACUCCUUCCGUUCGAACGGUUUGCGACCAUCGGUGUCCAAGUCGUUCAGCUUCGGAGGCUACACCAGAGGCAUGCUGUCCAGAGGCGACAGCGUCAUGUCCACGCACAGCGCCGGCGCGCGCCUCAUGAAGCAGGAUUCAGGAGCCAGCAUGUGCUCCCGCCUGAGCCCCUCGAGCAGCGGAUACAAGUCGCAGAGCCAAAGAAGCGACGCGACCAUAUCUCCGUCGCCGUCGCCCUCGCCGAUUCCCAGUAUGACGUGUAACCACUCGCAAAUCGCUAGUCAAGAAAUAGUCUCACCCGAGCCGAACGGCCAGACGGUCAUGUGGGCGGUGACCAGUAUCUCGAGCGUGCCGCCCGGUAGCGUCAUCAUAAACCCCCAAACGAAUCAGCCGUACACCAAUCCCGACGGUUCCUUGUACCGUUUCGAUCCGGACAACCCGCCCAAGCUCUUUAUCGAAGAUAUGGACGCUCGAGGUACGAACGCUCCGUCGAAACACUCGGAACCGUCCGAAAGCCAGCAGAGAGCAGCGUCAGUGACGGCUGGCGGCAAAAAUGAAAACGGCAAGAGACAGCGAUCUCAGACAACGAAACACAAUAGCCACUGUAGCUCUAGCGCGACGACAACGACGAUGACGACGGCGGUAGCGACGACCGCGACGCAAGUCACGAACUCGGCAACGUCUCCGAGUCUGCCGUUCACGCCGCCGCCGGCGCCCCCGCCACCGCCACCUCCGCCACCUCCUCCUGUGCUGCAGCCGCAACAGCAGCAGCAGCAGCAGCAGCACAUACCUCAGCCACAGCCGCAACCGCAGCAGCAACAUCAGCAGCAGCAGCAGCAUCAGCCACAGCCACAGCCACAGCCAUCCCAGCAGAGCGCAGCUCCGCAACAGCAACCUCUAGUCAGGGCUGUCGCCGUGCAGCCUUGUAAUCACGGCCAGCCGGUCCAGCCCUAUGCAACUUACUUACCUACCUCAGAACCUUACAGUCAGGGUGUCUAUCCACCUGCCGUGGCGCAACAAACUGUGAUGAUGGCUCCGCAUCCGGUGCACGGCCAGCCGCCCGUACAGAAUACUGGCCAGGACGACGUGUUCAAUCAGAAUCACGUUUACGCCAAUUACACGCUACCCGUGCAGCAGCCGCCUCUACCACACUCUGGGGAUGUAACGGAGUUAUCCAAUUACUUCAUGGGGAUGAGUAUCUACGACCAACGAGGCGCGACCGAUAGUCAAGCGGCACCUUCGCAUCCGUACCCACAACCACCGCCUCCGACAACAAAUCAAACCCUGCAGAACGUUCAACAAAUGCAACCAAAUUAUUGGCAGACGUCUGCGAACCAGAUGCCGCCUCAACAAGCCAUGUACUUCGUGCCUCCUGCAGGACCGGCGAUCUCCGUCAACCAGAAUCCAGCUGACAGACAGCAGUUAUCUCAACAGCAAAGGUUUCCCCAGAGUUACUCGAUAAACUUGCAAACGAUGACUCCACCGAGUCAAACAAACGCAAAUUACAUGGGCAGCUAUCCGGUUACCUACAAUUCCAUGCCGACCGUCACGCCGAGUCCAGGUGAAUACUCCUGUCAGCCGCCCGUUCACAUGGUUCCUGCUUACUAUCCUGGACAAUCUGGAAUUCAGCCUCCUGUCAUGUACAGGGUACCUACACCGCCAAAUACCCCAACUUCGAGUCAGAUUCCUAGCGUGCCGCUCAUGUACGUGAACUCUGGUAGCUAUCCACCGCCCACCAUGAUGCCCACCGGAAGUUUCAGUCAUCAAGUAGGUCCUAACGGAACGUCUCCAGCUCCACCUGGCGCAUACAUGGCUCCCGCUUUGGUUCCUAAUCUUGUAUUCAGGCAAAACGUACCCCUCGUCACGGGAGUUCGCACGUCGACGCCAGGCAGCUCUCAGAGAGCCAGCAGGUCACCGACGCCUGCACACGAGUUUUUCGGAGGUGGAAGCGGGGAUAGAAGCGCACAACCUCAGCCACGUUACCCACUGCCAAUGUAUCAGGGUGUCCAUAUCGUACAAGGAGAUAUGAGACUGAUGCAUCCUGGAGUGACAGGUAACCCUCGGCUACAGUACGCACCUGUACCAUCACCACCUGUUGUUCAAGGGUGUCCUCGACCGUACCGACCAUCAUCUUAUUCAUCAAAUGCAUCCGGUGGCGGCGGUACACCUACGUCUUUCGACGGAAGAAAUCAGAAAAUUCGUAAACAGAGGUCCAAAAUCACCACGCUACCACCAACAGCAACACGACCGAAUCUCUAUCAGUCUCCUUCCAUGUCGACGCUCUCUUCUAACGCACCGAAAGAUAUGAGAGAAGCGAAACCUGUGGAAGAUAAUAUUAUGUAAGGUACCGUAAAGGUGACAAUCACCCGUCGAAAUCAGCUGUUACAAUACUGAAUGAAAAUGGAUAAGAGGAUUACCACUGGGUACAAAAGCAAAAGAAAAAAAACAAGUAAUAAAAAGGAAAUGCUAAGCACAGCGCAACCUAUUGUACAUUUUACGCGUAAGAUUCAUAAUUAUCCUUAACGAUACUCUUUAUUUAAACGCUAAGACAUAUUAAAGUAGUGCAUACUAGUAAUGUAAUAAUGUACACAUGAAAUACGACAAUUAUUUCAUUUCGCAUGUAAGAGAGGGUGCGAGUCCAAAUUUACCGGCAAUUGUAAUUUGUUGAACACAGAGAGAAAAAUCAGUCCAUGUUGCGUGAAAAUCGACGGCAGUGAAAGUGCAGACGAAUGAUCGAAGAAGAAUCCCAAGCAUCACUGAAGAUAAAAAAAAAACAAAGCUAAUUGACAGAAUUUUAUCUACUAUUAAAAAUUACUCUAUAUAUAAUAUAUAUAAUAUAUAUUAUACGUGAAGAUAUUUUAAUCGCGGUUUUACAGAUCUUAUAUAAUGAAUGUGAGAUUUAAAUUUAAGAUGAACUUCGCAGAUUACCUAAGAUAUUCUCGUGUCUCCGAUGACGUGGGGAUAACCGUUACGAUGUUGAUACACGAGUCUAAUUGAUAUACUUUACUGAGUACGUUUACAGCAGAGGUGUCUUUCAUAUAUAGAAAUAUCAUACGGUGUUGAUUCACUGUAUUUGUACUGUAUCAAUUCAUCAAUUGGACGAUUCACACACAGUGAGAGAAUGUCUGCGGAAGUGAGUGAGAGCGAAUGAGCGUGACCGUGAUCGCCAAGCGCGUGUUCGAAUUGAGCGGAUAGCAUGCUGCAGUUACUAUUUAAACAAAUUAUUUCCUACCUCAAUGUUCUACAAUAUUCUAUCGAAACAAGUACGCGCACUCUUAGUGAAUGUUUGUCGGAUACACGCUUCUUCACAGUACCUUGAAAUUACAAUUUUGCAAUCCGGCAAAAUCAAUUGAGAGCUCAAUUUAUGAAUAUACGGAAGACUAUAUAGUUUUUUCUCGCGGCUUACUUUGUUUGACACAGUAAUGGAACGUUACAGAUUGAUUCGAUGAAGAAUUAAUUGAGAUGGAAAAAUCAAUUUUAACCAAACAAUUGCUAAUCUAGUUUACAGAAUGCGAAAACGUUUUAUAAUUUUCAAGAAUCUUUGACGUGAUUAUUUCGCGACAAUCUAUAGCUUACUUAUUUGGUUAAAAAAUUCAUUUUAUCGAUUCCGUUUUGUGAUCGGAAUAAACUGAAUUAUGCCAGAAUAUAAACGAUCAAAGAUAUAUAAAGAAAUAAUACGAAGUAAAGUGACAGAUAAACGUUUAGCUAUUUAAAGACAGAGAUUCAAAGUACUCUGGUCAGUACUUAUUUAUUUUUUAAAUGUAAACAUACUUGAAGUACAUACCUACAUUGGUGUCGCAUGUAUUUAUUGACAAAAAAAAAAAAAUAAAUAAAUAACGAG